UUUAAGAGUCUGUGGGGACCGACGGGAGGUCAGGAGUGGGUCAGCUGGUAGCUAGUAUUCAGUGCAGAAACCUCGGGGCCCUGCGGGCUGAGGAUGGGUGGGAGGCGGUUUCAAAGAUAGCCCUCUAGACCUUGCGGUUCAAAGUCCACACAGAUCUGGCUUCCAGGAAGCUGGUGACGGUAAGACCGAGGGUGGAGACACUGUCCACCUCUCCACACUUCAGGCUUUUCCGACCUUUCCCGUCUGUGGGUUAAUUUGUGACUCACGGGAGGAAGAAGAGACAAAUAUUCCCCUGAGGCUGGGAGGAGGCCACGCCUGUUUUUCCCUGGUUAAGAAGGUUUCACGGGGGCCCUCAGAGAAUUCCCAUAGGAUCCGGGGAAACAGGCUGGAUCGCGGAGACUCUCCAGCGGCUGUCCCUGGUGGAGAGACCCCGGGCCUCCCGGCAGCUGCUGUGACCUGACGGUGUGCUUGCAAGAGGCAUUUGGCCAAUUUGGGACCAGCUGGAAGAGAAGGUGCCUGCGGCCAGGAUGAUGAAUCAUACCACCAGCUCCGGGGAUAAUUACGAGUAUGAUUACGAACUUUACCAUGAUCUUCCGGAUGUCCCCGUAGACUGCCCAGAUGGGAGCUGCGUCUCUAGUGAUUUCUACCUCAUAACCCUGCUUCUGCUGUAUGCAGCCAUCUUCCUGGUGGGUGUGCCAGGCAACACCAUGGUGGCUUGGGUAACCUGGAAAGAGUCCCGCCACAGGCUCGGGACCUCUUGGUUCCUGCACCUGGCCAUAGCUGACUUGCUUUGCUGUGUGUCUCUGCCCUUCCUGGCUGUGCCCAUUGCCCAAAAGGGUCACUGGCCGUAUGGGGCAGCAGGCUGCUGGCUGCUGCCCUCCCUUACGGUCCUGUCUAUGUAUGCAAGUGUGCUGCUCCUGACGGCCCUCAGCGCUGACCUCUUCCUACUGGCUUUGAGGCCCUCCUGGAAGGCGGCUGAUCGCCGGAAGCUCGGGGUGCGGGCGGCCCAGGUCUCUUCCUGGAUGUUGGCCCUGCUGCUGACGGUACCCUCAGCUGUUUACCUUAGGCUGCUUCAGGAGCACUUCCCUUCUCGGCUUGUGUGUGGCAUAGACUACGGGCGAUCGGUGGCUGCAGAGGCCACCAUCACCACGGUUCGAUUUCUCUUUGGCUUCCUGGCGCCAUUGGUGUUUAUGGCCAGUGGCCACAGCAUCCUCCAACGGCAAUUGACCCGACGUCACUGGCCACUGGGCACAGCUGUCGUGGUGGGGUUUUUCAUCUGCUGGACCCCUUACCACAUCCUGAGGGUCAUAAUCGCAGUGGCUGAGCCUUCCUCCUCAUUCCUAGCCCGGGUCUUGGAGGCUGAGCCUCUGGUUACGGGCCUGGCCCUCGCUCACAGCGCUGUCAAUCCUAUAAUGUUUUUGUACUUUGGAAGGAAACAACUGUGCCGGUCACUCCAGGCUGCCUGCCGCUGGGCCCUGAGGGAUCCACAGGAUGAGGAAAGUGUGGUGAGCAAGGUGUCCACCAGCCACGAGGUGACGUCUGAGAUGGCCGUGUAGGCAAGAGGGCUUUGAAUGUCCUAGGCCAUUUCACAAUCGUGCGGCUUCAGGCAUAGCUGGAUCCAGGAGCUCAGGGACUGCUUUUGUUCUUCAUUCAACAAACACUCAUUGUGCACUCGCUUGUGCAAAGCCCUGAUAUAACAGGCGCUGGGUGUGGCCGUGGCUGGAACCAAUUCCUGCCCCCAGGAAGAAUGAGCACUUUGCCGAGGAAGACAGAUAGGAAGCCGUUGAAGGAAUAUGGAAUAUGUCAAGGGUGAGAUGUUCCAUAGAACUAAAGAACGUGCUAGGGAGAAGGCUCAAGUGCCUGAUGUACAAACAAGGACCCCUACACAAAGGCUGGGUAUGGCAGCAUGCCUAUAACCCCGGCACUGAAGGAAUCGGUGGGUCCCGGGGCUCCUCUAGCCAGCCUGUCUAGUCCAAUCAACAAGCUCCAGGGAGAGACCCUGUCUCAAGAAACAGAGUGGAGCAGGCCUGGUGGUGAUCCCUUUAAUGACAGCGUUUGGGAGGCAGAGGCAGGAGGAUCUCUGUGAGUUUUAGGCUCUCCUGAUCUACUUAGUGAGUUCCAGGUGGGGAGCACUAGAUGAAGAUAUCCAACCUUGACCUUAGGCCUACAGACCACACACACACACACACACACACACACACACACACACACACACACACACGGUGGGGCAGCCUAGGUCAGUCAGGCUACCACCUUGAGAAAAAAGUAAUGACUGAGCUCAAAUCUGAAUAGUGGAGAGAGGAUCCACACUUAAAUCUGUGGAACUAUGCCAAACAGACAGUGCAAGUGCCCCUGAGGGUGCCUCCUCCAAGAAGCCCUCCAUGACUUGCAUCCCUCCCAGGGACAAGGCUCCUCCUUUCUUAAAAUCUCUUUAACACAAAUGCCCAGAUGAACUAUACAUUCUCCAAAGGUGAGAGACAGACUUACUCCAUCUUUUAAAUUUUUGUAGUAUGUGUAAUUAUUUAUUGUCUGUGUCAGGAAGGGGCAGGGGUGGGGUGUGUGUGUCAUGUUGGUCCUGAGGAUCAAACACAGGUCGUCAGGCUUGGCUGCAGGCACCUUUACCUACUGACCCAUCUUACCAGCCCCAACCUGUACUUGAAAGAUUUCCUGUGCCCUACCUGGCCGGAAGUAGGGACAAAUCUCUCUCACCCUCAGUCCUGCAGCCCCUUAUAAAAAAAAUCACUCAGAGGCUUAAUAUUA